CCCCGAGGAGAGAAGUUUGCAAGACUAAAUAGUUCUCUCCAUCAAUAUUCCUGUCUACGAAACAUCAGAAUUUGCUUUGAAGAAAACAGAAAAGUGCAAACUCUAUUUCAUAUUUUGAUGGCCGAUCUGAUCUAACUCGCUAAGUUGAUGCAGAAGUAAUUUGCAGCCGGAAAGAAAGGCACAGUUAAUUGGAAACGGAGUUUCAGAUCUAGCAAAAUAGGACGAAUUCUGGCAAAUCCUUUGUAGUAGUUGGUGGCGGAAAGAAAAGACUCUGGUAUCAUCCCCAGUUUGAGCAUAUGAGGCCGAACACUGCUGAAGAAGCGAAAGAAAUGGUUUCGUUGACUGAGGAAGGAGGCACGGAGCUAAUAAGUAGUGACAGCAGCAUGAAAUUUGAGGGGACUCAAGUAGCGGCUGUCGCAAAUAACUCGAUGCUUGCAAAUAAAUCAUCAUCGUCGGACACGAUGGUAGUUGAGAAAGAGACAGUUUCUUCCCUUGAAGACUCCAUUGGACAUGAGAAUCCUUUUGAAAAAUUGGAUAAGUGUGAUGGGAAAACAGAAGAUUGUCCGGUGAGUCCCAUAGUAGGUCGACGCAUGAGGGAAUUCAGAGCAAUAUGUACUGGUUUGUCAGAGGAGAAGCAAGUAGCUAUUGAUGCAAGUGGUUUUGGGGCAAUAUUCACAUUUAGGUGCAGCGAACUGAACGUCCUUCUAUGCCACAUGAUGUGCAACAACUUUGAUGUUGAAAACACAACCAUCAAGAUUCACGGGAGACAUUUAACGGUCACCCCUGCAGACUUUCGGCAUGUAAUGAGUUUAAGGGAUGGUGGGGCUGAUGUAGAUUUAACAGGAAGCUUGGCUGACCCUGAGAUUGUAGAGUUGAAGUCUAAGUUUUGUGGUGUUGAUGAGGAAAUAAGCUUGGAUGCUGUGGGGAAGAUGGUGGCGCAAUCAGAAACUGCUGAUGAUACAUUUAUAAUAAGUUUCUGUCUGUAUGCCCUGUCAACUAUGAUUUUGCCGAGUGCAAGUGAUGCAGUGGAUCCCAGGCUUCUUCUUGCCGUAAAGGAUCCAAAAACAAUUAGCAAAAAAAACUGGGCUUCCUUUGCAUUUAUAAAGCUUGUUGAAGGACUUGGAAGGUAUAAGAAUGGGGUGUCAUCAACUGUUGAUGGGUGUAUCGCAUUUCUGCAGCUGUUCUAUUUGGAUACAAUGCUAAUGAAGUUCCUUGUUGUUCCGACAUACACAUCUCCGGUACUCUGUUGGAGUAACAAGCAGGCAAGAAUUAUGUAUGACCAGGCAGAGGCUAAUGGUGGGUAUGACUCGACUGGUAUAAUAGCGACCAAGCGUUGGUCGACAACUCGAUUCCUUGAUAAUGCCGGAUCUGUUGAUGCAAGUACAGGACUGAAAACAACUAUUGUUGAAGAUCUAGACAAGGUCAGGAACGAUGUUGAUGCUUUCAAAUCCGAAUUUGAGGAGGUUAGAUCUUGCAUAUCUCAUAUAGAACCGGACAUGGUGGGCCUCCGCAAUGCUAUUCUGACAUUGCAAACAUCUAUUUGUGAAAUGAGGGAUAGAGGGAUUAGUAACAUGGUUGUAGAAGUGAUGAAGGAAGUCCUUGAUGAGGAGGCUUCGUUUGAGCAGAAAGGGAGGGAUGAAUCAGAUAUGUACGAAGAUGACAUAUGUCCCCGUCAGCCUGGAUCGUCGAGUGUCGUUGGGCCGCAUAAGCCUAAUAUGGAUAAUGUUAAGGACAAAAGCUUGUCAUUGAAGCGAAAGUCGGACAAUAGUGUUGAUGAUGACAACAUGGUAAAAUUAUGUGCAGUUGGUGAUAUAUCCAACAGCGAGUCAUUUCUGAUUACUUACUUGUUCAGCAAGGUGAUGUCUGAGUCUGACAGUCUUGCAAGCAGGGAGGUUGCAAGGUAUGGAGAUCAGAGUAUCUCAAGAUGGGACCUCUGUUGCCUGUCACCGAUGCAGUCUAUCACAAGCGAGAUUGUAGACAUAUCAGUUUCGUACCUGUUUGAAAAAACAAGCGACAUAUGGUUCAUGCCCACUUAUUUCUCCGAACGUGCUAAGGACUACGCAAGUGGUAGUGUUGUGGACGGGUUGAUAUCGUCUGUGGUUACUAUAUGUCGCCUUCGUAGAUAUAGCGGCCGAUUGGGUUCUUGCAAGCAGAUUUUCUUCCCCCUGCGCGACGGUGUUGUGGAUAACUGGUUUUUGGUGGUUUUGAAUCUGGCUGUGGGGGAGAUUGAGCUGUGGGACAGCUGCCCCGACAUGGAUGCCAAACAGCGUCGUGAGUGUUAUGCAAAUGCUGUGGUGGAGCUAUUUCAGAAUGUUUUUUGUAAUGAAAUAAGAUCGUUGCCUGCACUGUAUGCAAGACUUGCUUCAGUGUCUAUAGUUUAUCCUAAAGAAGGCCCGACCAACCGAAAGACUGAGGAUUCCGGUAUAUUUUUAAUCCGGAACAUGCAGUAUUACAGGAAACGCUGGUUUGAAGGGUUCAACUCCGGCGACCAAAGGAUCCGGCUUGCUCUUGAUAUAGUGAAUCACCCAAUGAAUGCAGUGCGUGUCUCUGUAUGGGCAGCAGCAGCUCAGGAAACUCCAAUUGAUGCUAAAUCAUUUGGACGUGCAGCAUACAAUGGGAACUUCAUCCGUAAUCCCGAUAUCCCACUUGAUAUAGCAGGAAUGAAAUUCAAGGCGCGUCGGACUUCGCGGCAUUGAAUACACUUUAUGAACCUCUCGCUGGACCGAUUAAUCAUGCUUUCACCUAAUAUGUAAUAAUGGAUU